AUGUCUCAAAGCCCAUCUCCCUCCAGUCAGACGGACACUAUGGUGUCCAUUCGACUGGAUGGCCUCAUUGGCAUCUUGCAGGGUCUUUGUCUCGACGACAGGACAGCAAUAUCAGCUGCGUUGCAGGCUGGCACCAGUCCAAAUGUUACCGAAGGGCCUGUUGCCAGUCUCACAGCUCCUUUGGGCAGUGAAGAUCCCACAUCUGCUCCAGAUGAUUCCCCUGCCAUCGUUGCAGCUCCUCCUGCUCCUGCCCCCGCCCCAGCCAUAGGACAUGAGCAUGAGCCCAUCAUCAUCCUCGCGCUCAAUGACGGGGACUCAUCCGACGAUGAGGAUGCUGCUAAUGCAGCUACGUCCCUCGCUGAUAAUUCCACCCUUCAGUAUCACAACGGCACAUACUUCAAUGUGCCCAUUGAAGUCACCGCCCCACUGUACUACAUAACGAGGGGUCGUUAUAUUGGGGUCUUCUCAGGAUGGGAUGCUACUGGCCCCAAGGUGCUCGGGGUUUCACGCGCCAUAUAUCACAAGGCAGAAUCUCUUGAGCUUGGUAUUGGGAUUAUGAAGCGCGCCAUAGAACGCGGCGAGGUGGCACAGCUAGCAGGUCUCUCUCAGUCACAACGUCUUAAGAUUGUGUUAUGGUCCGACCAUCUUCGCACAUCCUCGCAGGUGCUUCAUUCACCAAUUAAAAAGGUUUGGUUUAAACAAAUCGGGUCCCUCAAUGCACCAUGUGUUAUGGUCCGACCAUCAUCGGCGCGUGUGCUUCAUUGGCAAAUCAAAGACUCAUUGUUUUGGUCCAAACAAAUUAUGGUAUGCCCAACUAUUCAUAAAACUCAUCAAGAUAGAGUACAAGCUGCAAGAGACAAGCGUAGACAACACUAUCUAAAGUGUCGAGAGGCUAUACUAGCAAAGCGGUGUCAGGUACGCAAAGAAAAAAAACUUUGUCCGGUCAACAAUCCUUUGGAUGACGAAGAUGAACCAAUGUCUGAAACCUUACAAGACUGCAUUGCCGUGGUCAGGUAUGCCAAGGACGACUUCAUGGCGCAUAUCAAAUCUCCACGACAAUUCUUUGACCUCCUCAUGGGCGAGUACUCCAAGACUAUGCCUGACCCCGAUUUAGAUCCUACUGGGCGCGGAGACAAAUCUAUCUUCGAACACGCUAUUGAAAAUUUCGAAAAUUUUAUUGACAGAGCGAACGGCGGACUGGAUGGUAUCCUUCAGAUGUGUGGUAUUUGUGAUGAGUGGCGUGCUGCAGAUGCCGUCUGCAAAUUCAUGAGGGAAAUGGUAGGGAUGGUGGAAGACAUCUUGUUGCGUCUGGCGGAAGGCGGAGACAGUGAACUAGCGGUUGCCUUCAUGGAGGAGCAUCUCACACGAUGCGACAAAUCAGUAAAAAUGGCACCAUGUAGUUGGCUCUCGGAGGAGCAGCAAACCUUUGUGCUCACCUACCAUGAAAGCUUUCUCGAGUGUAAAAAAAAAGGGAACUACAACUCUUUCUGGCCCCCCUUUUUCGAGAAGUGGGAAGAAUGUUGGCCAAUCACUCUGGAAGGCUCAUUAGAGCCCCUUGAUGAGAAUGCAAGACUCGAGCAGAUGGCUAAGGCAAGGGAUGCCCUUCAGACGUGUUUGAUGGUCAAACUACGCAAUGACUUUGGUAAUUCGAAGAUAGGCCGCCGGGCAAACGCCGCUGGGAAUACCAUCGUCAGCAAGCUGAUUGGCGAUAUCACCAUCAAGUCAGGCAAAAAGAAAUCGCGCCCCCUCAAUGCAACAGAGGUUUAUGCCAAGAAGUAUUACUCAUCGUGUGUCCAGCCUGCAGUCAAGGAGGAACUUGAUGCCAUGAAGAACGCAGUUGAUGCACCUGAAGCCAAAAAGCGGGCGAUUCAGGUUGUCCGCAAACAACUAGCAUCCUGCUGGGAGAACGAAAGUGCGCAGGUGAAGGAAGAGGUCACGAAAUUGGCCCAAGAGAUGAAGGAAAAGAGGGAGAAAGAGAAAGAAGCCAUACCUGACAAGAAGGAGGUGCCGAAGGAGUUGGUUAUAUGCAGACUUACAGAAAUACUGUCCACGUUUUUCACCGAGUUACACAAUUUGACGGGAUGGACAUUCAGCGUCUUACUAGCUGGUCCUGACCCUGCAAACGCCGGCAAACUCGAUGUCAGUAGCCUGCAUAUUGGAACAACCCUUGCUGGCAAUCGGUUCAAUCAAGCAUAUCCGAAAUUUGAGGAGAGUAUCAUGGUGCCUUACUUUGAGUUUGCAUCUCGAGCAUUUCCCGACGCUGCAUUAUUAUUAUCAAAGGGAACCACUACGCCUGACCAGAAUGAUACAUCACUGCCAGACACACAGGCACUGCCAGCCCAUAACUCCCAUAACUCCGUCACAGCUGAUAUAUCAGACACACAGGCACUGCCAGCCCAUAACUCCCAUAACUCCGUCACAGCUGAUAUAUCACUCGCUACCAUCUCUUCUGCAUCCUCUUCCACACCUGAUACAUCACUUGCCACUGUCUCACCCGAUACAUCACUUGCUACUGUCUCACCCGAUACAUCGCUCACUACCGAUACAUCAUUCAUGGUGUCAGUACCAUCCCGGUUGCAAUCCACUUACAACUUUUUCCAAUUUGAUCCCCCCGAUCUUCAAGAUGACGACGUUGAUUUAGACUUCAACAGUACAAUCCUACUGAUGCCGCCCAACUACAAGCCGCCAUCUCUGUUACCUCCCUCUUCUCCAAUGGAGUUUUCGUCCACUUCCUCUGGAAUGGAUUGGUUUGCUUCUUCGAGAUUAUCUCCUCUAACUUCCACCUCGAGAUUGGGAGACCUUAAUCCUGCUGGUCCCUUGGGACACGACUCUGACAACGCCCUCACAACUUUGCAGAGCCAAGCGUCUCCUCCUCGUCUUCACCAUAUAUCAUCCGUUCUCACAAAAACUGCAACUGCCAAUUCUUACGCUUCUGCCCCAAACAACAAUCCCUUUGCUCCCAUGGCAACUUCUACUCUCGCGCAUUCUCCAACUUCGGUAGAAAUCCCUUCUGUGCAACCAUCUUCAGUUGUGCCUGAACCUCCCACCAUGGAACCUAUUAUGGCCACUCCUUCUCCGCCCGCCACAGUUGGUGGGGUGUUACCAGCGACAACGAAGGCUGCUAAACGCAAGUCCACAAAGAGCAAUGAGACAGUCUCUGCAAAGCGUCAGAAGAGGGAGGGUGCAGUGGUCCUACCCACUGAGAACUCACAGCCCAUCGAGGGAGGCCGAGGUAAACGACAACGCUUCCAGUCAUCCCAGGCGGCUGCUGCCAAUGCCAUAGGUACAACUUAG